AUGGCCAUCUCCGCAGAUGAUGCGCCGAAGCUGGCGGGAAGUGUGAUCGCCUUGACUUCCCUUGCCCUGAUCACCUAUUCCUUGCGGGUAUAUUGUCGAGUCAGCAGGAGACUGUGGGCGGCGGAAGAUUGGAUCAUGACAGCAGCAGUGUUUUUCCUGAUAUUCGAGGUCGGCUAUUGUGCCGCCAUUAUUCCAAUCAAGCUCAGCAUCAGCUGGAUGCUGAUCCGAAUCGCUGAAGGGCGAAAGCUCUAUAUAUACAUUCAGUAUAUCAUUAUCGCUCUCUUUACGAUUAUGAACGUCAUAGCUUUGAUCUUUAUUCUAACUGACUGUAUUCCAGUUGAGGCUGCCUGGGACAAGAGUCUUCUAAAAAAUGGUGGACGCUGCCAACCUCCUCAAGUUUUGGCAGAUGUUUACUAUGCUUGCACAGCUGUCAACAUUACUACAGACUGGGUGACUGCCCUAAUGCCAAUCCCCCUGCUCUGGAACGUCCAGCUCGGCCGUAACAGCAAGCUGUCCGUCAUGGGUCUGAUGAGCCUUGGUAUCUUAGCCUCACUUUCAGCAUGCGUCCGGCUCAACUACACAGUCAACCUCACCAAUCAAGACGAGUUCCUAUACGCCGUAGCCAAUGUGGUGAUCUGGGGAUUUGCCGAAAAUGCCAUCGGCAUGACGGUUGGCAAUAUUGCAACUCUGCGCCCCUUGUUUCGCACACUCUUUGAGAGCACCGGCAGAUCCGGCUACAGCAGCCGUCCCUCGCGACUCGAGUCUGGGUUCGAGUUGAGCCAGCAGGGAAAGGGCACCGCGGCAUAUACAUAUACAACCACCCUCACCGAGGUCAAGGGGGCGCAGGCUCAGAGCGGCAGAGAGAGUAAAGACCAGGACAGUCAAUUGAGCGACAGUGAUAGCCAGAAGAUGAUUCUGGAGGGAAACAAAACGGGUCAGGGUAACAAUAUUAUGGUCAGCCGGCAGGUCAAUGUGUCAUAUGAGUGA